AUGGCCAUUGAAGACGGAUACACUUUGUUGGUGCUUGGCGCCGGCGUCAUGGGCACCGCUGUGACUGCGGCCGUGACAGAGUCAAAAAUGAAGCCUUUCCCAGGCAAAGUCAUCUUGUGCUCCCAGCUGGAGAAAUCUGAGAAAAGGUUGAAGGAGCAGUUCCAGCAAGGCUAUGUGGAGGUGAUCACUGACAAGGAGAAGAAGAAGGCUGCGAUUGAAAAGGCCGACGUGGUGCUUCUUGGAUGUAAACCAUUCCAUUUUGAGUCUGUUCACGCUGAGGUUAAGGAUCACCUUAAGCAUAACCCAUUGGUGAUCUCGCUUUUGGCUGGUGUGACAAUUGACAACUUGAGCAUCUAUUCUGAUAAGAUUGCCAGGGUCAUGACCAACACUCCAGCUCAGUUUGGUGCUGGUAUGGCUGCGGUGGCUCUUUCUGAGAAGGCUAGUGAAUAUAAGCAGUUUGUGAAUGACUUUGCUGGCUCUGUUGGUGCUGCCCUGGAGAUUCCUGAGAAGAGCAUGGACGCUGCCACUGCUCUUAUUGGUUCUGGUCCUGCCAUGUGUUUGCUUAUGAUGGAAGCUUUGUAUGAUGGUGGUGUUAGAAUGGGUCUUACUCACGAUGUUGCUAAGACUGCUGCUGCUAAGGUUAUGGAAGGUACUGCCAAAAUGGCUCUUCAGACCGGUGAGCACCCUGCUGUGUUGAAAAGUAAGGUCUGCACUCCUGCCGGUACCACAAUUGGUGGUUUGUUGAAAUUAGAAGAUGCUGGUGUUAGAGGUUCGAUCGCAAGAGCCGUGGAGGAAGCUGCCAACAUCUCUGCUUCUUUUGCCAAAAAGUAA